CACCACGAUGGAUGACUAUCCGAUGUAUGGGUUGCUCGUUGGGUUCUCCCUCUGGGGGACCCUAUGGCGUCUCCUCUUUCCUCUGGGCUUUUGGCCCACCUUCACGUGUAGAGUAGGGACUCGGGGUGGUACUUCCACCCAACCUUACACGAAGGAGGAGGAGGAGAAGAUGGUCGCCGUCCUGAGGGAAAGAAAGGAGAAGAAAGAGGCCAAGAAGAAGGCCCUACAGGAGGAGCAGGCGGCCAAAUUAAAAAAGAUACAGGAAGAGAUGGCCAGGGAGAAAGAGAGACUGAAGAAAGAAGAAGAGGAGAAGUUGAAGGAGGUGGAAGAGGAAAAGGAGGAAGAUGAAACGCCACUGCAGAAGAAGAGAGUGCAGUACAGUGGCAGCAGAGAUGAUGAGAUGGAGAAACAUGUUAUAAAGCGGCAAGUGUUGGAAGAUGAGAAGAGGAUGGAGUGGAAGUUGGCGGUGAUGAGGGAGAAGAAGAGGAGAGUAGACGCGGCAGCGGAGGCGGCAGAAGAAUUAGAAGAGGUACAAAAGAUAGAAGAGCAAUUAGCUGCCCAGACUGAACUCCCAAAGAAAAUGGAGGUCAUAGCCAAAAACGUUGCAUGCUUAGCACGAAUCCAAGCCGAGCAGUAUGACUUUAGUAGGAGUCAACAUAUAGCGGUACGUUCGAUACGGUUGGGAUUCCGGGACUUUGCUCGCGAGUUGGUGGGUGCUGUAGGAGCCGAGGUGGGCCACCGCCUCGACAAGACUGAGCGGUUUUGCGCUGGCGCCAUUGAAGGCGCCAAGGCGGCAGCUCCCAAGGAGGAGGAAGCACGUCCUCCUCGUCGGGAGCCGGUCAAGGUCAAAUUCCCCGAUUCCUAUAGUGGAAAACGGGAAGAGAACUUUGACAAUUGGGAGGCCAAUGUCAAGACCUAUGUGCAUCUGCAACAGGUCUCCCCGGAUCAGCACGUUCUGAUUGCGAUCCAUGCGCUUAGAGAUGAGGCCGCCAGCUUUGCGAGGUCCUUAGUCCGUGCCGGCAACUGCAAUGAUGAUGCAGUUGCCUACUCCUCAUUCACUCCUCUCGUCGACUUCCUGAAGUUGCUGCACGAGCGAUUUGCUGAUGUCGCUCGGAGCGUAUUUCCGCCUAGAGAAAGAUGGGAAAGUGGAGAAGGUCCUCCACUCCCUGACUCUCCUCGUAGAAGACAGCCUCCCAUUGAUAUUGUUAUGGGGAUGGAUUGGGGAGAGGCAGUUGGGGCCACGCUCCAUUUGAAGGAGCACGAGUGUAGGCUCCCUAGUUCUUCAGGCGAGGCCAAGACUGUCUGCCUGUUCCAUGUGUCAGGAGUAGAGAAUCCCUUGGUACAUUGCUGCCUUAGUGCUCCUGCGUUCGCCAGAUUAGUGAAAAAGGAGAAAUUGGAGGAACAGGUUUUUGUUGCCUAUCUUAGGCCAGUGACUAAGCCUACGGAAGAAAAGCCGAUGGACCCUACGAUUGCCAAGCUGCUGGAAGAGUUCAAGGACGUAACUGAGCCGCCGAUAGGAGUGGUACCGUGGCCCAUCCAGCACCGCAUUGAGAUAGAGCCUGGCAGUAGAACUCCUAAGGGCGCCGUGUAUAGGAUGUCCCCACGGGAGUUAGAGGAGCUUCGCAAGCAAUUAGACGAGCUCCUCGAGAAGGGUUGGAUUAGGCCCAGUUCGUCUCCUUUUGGAGCGCCUGUUCUCUUUGUUCCCAAGAAAGAGGGAGAGCCGAGGAUGUGCAUAGACUAUAGGGGUCUGAAUGCGAUUACGGUAAAGAAUGCUGAGCCACUGCCUAGGAUAGACGAUCUCUUAGAUCGAGUGCAGGGGGCCAAGUAUUUCUCUAAGAUAGACUUAAAGUCCGGAUAUCAUCAGAUAGAGGUACAUCCUGAUGAUCAGUAUAAGACAACCUUCCGGACUAGGUACGGGCAUUAUGAGUUUAUAGUGAUGCCCUUUGGACUAACCAAUGCGCCAACAACUUUUCAGCGGUGUAUGAAUGAUUUGUUUAGGCCAUGGUUAGACAGGUUCGUUGUAGUUUACUUAGACGACAUCCUAGUGUUUAGCAAGACACUCGAGGAGCAUCAGGGUCAUCUUAGGCAGGUCUUGGAGAAGCUGAGGGAAGCUAACUUCAAGAUCAAUGCAAAGAAGUGCGAUUGGGCAAAAACCCAAGUUUUAUACCUAGGCCACGUCUUAGACGGAGACGGCGUUAAACUAGAGGAUUGUAAAAUCGCAGAAAUUAGAGAUUGGCCCACGCCACGUACGCUGACGGAGUUGCACUUGUUCCUGGGCUUAGCUAAAUACUACAGGAAGUUUGUGAGGAACUUCUCCACCAUCGUUGCACCCCUUCGCAGAUUGUUGAGGAAAGAAACCAUCUGGAAGUGGGACAAGGACUGCACGUCUGCCAUGAAGAAGCUAAAGCAGGCAUUGAUAGAGUACCCAGUCCUUAAGGUAGCCGAUCCGUCCUUGCCCUUUGUCGUCACUACGGACGCUAGUCAGUAUGGCAUAGGUGUCGUGUUACAGCAAGACGAUGGCAAUGGUUAUAGACCCGUAGAGUUCAUGUCCGCCAGAAUGCCUUCAGAGAAGGUCGCGACAUCUACCUAUGAGAGGGAACUGUAUGAUCUCAGGCAAGCCUUAGAACAUUGGAAGCACUACUUGCUUGGGAGGCACUUCAAAGUCUAUUUCGAUCAUGAGACGUUAAGAUGGUUAAAGACGCAGGCCAAGAUGACACCUAAGCUUACUAGUUGCGUGACCACUGUGGUCAUCAUCAUGACAAGCGCGAUCAUGAGCUCGCUUUCAUUCGGGCGUACGAGGAAGGCAGUCAUAGCCUCCCUCAUCUUUUUCAGGUUUUGGCUUGGAUUUGGAAUUGGAGGGGAUUUCCCCGUUGCCACUUCCAUCAUGUCAGAAUCUUUCAACCAAAGGAACCGUGGGGGAUUCAUGGCCGCCACAUUUGCGAUGCAGGGGCUGGGAAUCUUGAGCGCUGCAACAUUCGCCAUGGUGGUAGCUGCGAGCUUUGAAAAAAUUUAUGGCUCCCCUGCCUCACCGAGACAAAAGAUCUGGUACACUCCUGCAGAAGCGGAUUUUGCGUGGCGAGUUAUACUGGCCUUUGGUGCUGUGCCAGCUGCUUUGACACUCUGGUUGCGGCUGAAGAUGAGCAAUCUGCUAAAGGGCCCCAGCGUCCUUUGCGUCCAUUCAGCAUCUCCUUCGGACGAACUGAGAAAGAUACAGGUGCUGAAGACAAAAUUUGUCAUUGAAGCCGGAAAUGUGAAGGUGCAGAAGUCCAAGCCAAAUGCGAUGUACUCUCGGAAGUUCAUGUGCAAGUACGGCAUUAAGUUGUUUGCAUGCGCAGGGACCAGGUUCCUACUUGCGUUUGUGUUCUACAGUCAAAUCCUCUACAUGAAGGACAUCUUUGAUGCAGUUGGUUGGCUACCAGAUCCAAAAGAAAUGAGUGGUUUCAUGGAAAUGAAAAGUAUCGCAAGAGCUCAAGCCAUUAUGACAGCAGUUGCCAUUAUCCCAGGAUACUGGGUAACUGCAGCCACAAUAGAUUGCAUCGGUCGCUAUGCUGUCCAGGUGCAAGGGUUCUUCUUCAUGACUGUGAUCUCCAUUAUCCUUGUGGCAACAUUUGAGUGGUUUAUGGAGAACAAACACAAUGGGGGCUUCCUCAUCUGCUUUGGUCUUGAGCUUUUCUUCAUCAAUUUCGGGCCCAACGUAACAACUUUCAUUUUCCCAGCAGAGAUCUUCCCGGGAGCAUACCGUACCCAAUGCCAUGCAAUUACCAGUGCAGCUGGGAAGAUUGGUGGAGUUUUGGGAGUUUUCUUGUUCGUUGCUUUCCUGAAGAACAAGCCUGAUGCCGGGGUACCACUGAGCCAGUUGAAAGCAACCUUGGGCUUUUUGGCAGCUGCCAAUUCUCUAGGGUUUGUUAUUAGCCUUUUCUUCCCAGAGACGAAAGACUUGCCAUUGGAAAGCAUCUUCGAUGAAGGUGGGUAUUUGGCUUCUUCAAGGCCAUUAGACACAGAUAAGCUAUCGUCGCUUGCAAAAGGCGCAAAACUAAAUCCACCCAAAUCCAUGUCUCCUGUACAUGCAAUCAUGUCAAAUGUAACCUUUUCCGAUCAACUAGAGUCAAGUAAGACGAGCCCUUUGCAAAACGUUAGGGAGAAGGUGGACCACAACUCAGGAUUAUCGCCAACCAUGAAGUUGCUAAGCACUCCCUCGACAACUCCAUUGCCACCUCUCCCAACCUCUCUAGAUAGGAUGCCUGCACCCUCUAGAGGCAUUUCAAUCCAAUGAUUUAGGGUGCAUUGCUUGUUGUUGGCAUAGCAAUCGAUGAACUGCCCACUACCCUGUAAUUAAUCUCUCCGACCGGAUUCUUAGUAGCUAAAUUUGAAGCUAUACUGUGGUUCAUAAACAAAUCGGAACAUUGGGUUUCAUGUCAAUGAAUCACCCGAUCAUCA